AUGGCUUCCGUUCUUACUGUUGGACUUGGUGUGGGCGUUGCUGCCUUCCUGGGCCGUGCCGGUCUGGUCGCCUACCGCCGCUCCCAGGGUGGUUUGAAUGCCGCUGGAAAGGCAUUCUACAAGGGAGGAUUUGAGCCCCGUAUGAACAAGCGCGAAGCCUCCCUGAUCCUCGAACUUCCUGAGCGAACUUUGAACAAGGACAAGGUCCGCAAGAAGCACCGUCAGCUCAUGCUGCUGAACCACCCCGAUCGUGGCGGCAGUCCCUACUUGGCCACUAAGAUCAACGAGGCCAAGGAGUUCCUCGAUAAACACACCUAA